CUCAAAUGUAAAUAAACAUGUCGGUGGACGGGGUGAGCAGCGUGCAGGGCUUUAAAGUUGUGGGACUCAAGUUCAAGGAGGAGAGUAAAGGGAUCCACCAGUUGUUAUGGAAACAGCACUCAGUACGCACGUUCAAUGCUGCUAAACCUGUUGAACGUACACUUUUUGUGGUGAAUGUCCCGCCGUACUGCACGAAGGAAGCCUUCAAGAGGUUGUUCUCAGUGUAUGGGAAGGUCGUGGAUGUAUUUUUCCAUAAGAAGCCAUCAUCAGGACCUCCCCAGGUGGCCAAAUACCCGCACUUCUCCCUCAUACCGCCCAUCCAGGGUUUCAAAGUGGCUUAUGUGGUAUUUUCACAUCCUUCUGCUAUCAAGAAAACGCUAUCUGUCCCUCCCUCCACAGUACUGGUGUUGUCAACGAAGGAACAUCCUGUCUUAACUGGAGUGCAGAAAUGGCAUCAAGAGUACAAUGAACAGUUUGUCAAAAAUGCAAAACUAAGUGAAGAAAUCAAAGCUCUAAUUGAGGAAUAUGAUAAGAAGCGCGCAGAAGAGCGAGCGGCGGCCCAACAGGAGCCAGAUGACGAGGGCUGGGUCACAGUUACAUCAGUGAAGAAGAAGAAGCCUCAGUUGGAGAAGGUCGAUGAACUCAAAAAGAAAAAGAAGAAAAAGAAGAAGCAUCAAUUAGUGAACUUCUACACCUUCCAACACAGACAAGCCAAGAUGGACCAUCUGGCACAGCUCCGUAAGAAGUUCGAAGAGGACAAGAAGAGAAUAACCCUAAUGAAGGCUUCAAGAAAAUUCCGACCGUAUUGACAAGCCCAUCGGAAGGUGAUCAUGUCCCAAUAUGAUAAACAGGAUAUGUCUUGCCCUCAUAUUAAAAACAGAUUGGUAUGUUACAGGAGUUGAAA